CUUUCCUAGGGGAAGAGAGGACGGCCCCGUAGAUCCCGCCGAGCUCCCGCCUGCACCAAGAGGACGGGCCGUGACCAGCCACAAUGAGAGCUCCGACCCCCGCCUGAUCCUGUUGCUGCUGAUAAAAAUGAUCAACAAGUCUCGAGGGAAGAUACUCGGGGUGCUGGCUCUGUUUCUGGUGAUGGUUUGGUACUCGAUCUACCGGGAAGACAGGUACACACAGCUCUUUUAUUUCCCUGUGCAAGAAAACAACAAGACAACGUGUCCCCUUGGGGAGGUGGAAAAGAAAGCGGCGCAGCUCAUUGGGAACUACACCAGGGACCACCCCCUGUUCUUGCAGCUGAAGGACUAUUUUUGGGUGAAGACGCCGUCGCUCUACGAGCUGCCCUACGGCACCAAGGGAAGUGAAGACGUCCUCCUGCACCUGCUGUCCAUCACCCAUCACUCCCUGCCUGAGAGCAUCCAGAGCCUGAAGUGCCGGAGGUGUGCUGUGGUGGGCAACGGCCCCCGGCUCCGCAACAGCUCCAUGGGGGACACCAUCAACAGCUACGAUGUGGUGAUCAGGCUGAACAACGCCCCGGUCCAUGGCUACGAGCAGGACGUGGGCACCAAGACCACCAUGCGCCUCUUCUACCCCGAGUCAGCCCACUUCGACCCCCGGGCCGAGAACAACCCCGACACGCUGCUGGUGCUCGUGCCCUUCAAGCCCUCGGACUUCCAGUGGAUGGAGGCCAUCCUUAAUGACAAGAAGAGGGUUCGGAAGGGGUUUUGGAAACAGCCCCCGUUGAUCUGGGACGCCAAGCCGGAGCAAGUGCGCGUCCUCAAUCCCUACUACAUGGAAGUAACUGCUGCUAAACUGCUCAACCUCCCCAUGAAGCAACCACGGAAGGUCAAACAGAAGCCCACCACAGGGCUGCUGGCCAUCACCUUGGCGCUGCACUUCUGUGACCUGGUGCACAUCGCGGGCUUUGGCUACCCCGAUUCGGCCAACAAGAAGCAAACCAUCCACUACUACGAACAGAUCACACUCAAGUCCAUGGCUGGGUCGGAGCACAACGUGUCACACGAGGCCGUGGCCAUCAAGCGGAUGCUGGAGCUGGGACUCGUCAAGAACCUCACCUACUUCUGAGGGUGGCACAGGGACACCGUCCCCCUCAGUGAGGGGACACUGUGCUGGCAUGGCCAGAGUGACCGAGGGCACAGCAUCCUUGUCACCACUGCCACCACCACGCCCUGGGACUCUCGGAGCGGGGCUGGGGCUGGGGGGCCGCGCUGGACCGUGGGUGCCCAGGGUGGGGCAGCUCUUGGGGUGCAGGGAGCCCGGCGGGGCCGUGGCACAGCGCCUUUUCUACUGACACACUGAAGCUACCGAGGACUUGGAGGGGGUUUUGGGGUAGGGGGGUCCUCCCUCCCAGCAGGCCUGAGGGGGUGAGCCAGGGCAGGAGCCCUAGCCCUGGACAUUCUCUUCCCCUUAAUUCCCUCAUACACUGACGAGAGCCCUGCUGAGGGGCUGAUUUUGGGGGUCCUGGCCACUCCCCCCGCCGCCAGGGAAUGGGAGCCUUUGGAGGCUAAUGUUGCCUCCUCCCAAAUAUUUAAUUCCCCCCUUUUUUUUAAUUUCCUUUUUUACUUGGCGGCCCUGUCCUGUGCCUUAGUGCUGGCGUAGGGACUCAUCCCCACAGCCCCCCUGGGUGGGGGUACCCUGGGGUGCUUGGCUUUGGGGUCUGCCAGGGCCCUUUGGUGGUGCGGAUUAAUUUAAUUAAUUUAAAUGCUUAUUUAUGGUGGAGCCUUCACUCAGGGCCCUCGUGCCACUGGUGUCAGGGACAAGGGGCCUUGGGUGGGCUGGUGUGCGCUUGGCUCCAGGGGCGGGCAUUUGGGAUGUCCCCCCACCACGGAGGGGUUGACUGGUGCUUUCUCCCUGCUGGUGUAGGAUCUCUGCCCCCGUGGGGCUGCAGGUGUUGGGGAACCCAUGGAUGGGGGUGUUGGGGCUCAGGCUGGCACCCAAUAAAGUCCUGGUGAGGCUGGGAUGGGCUGGGUGCUCCUGGGGUGUGAUGGGGGGGUGUGAGGGAGUUUUGGGGCUGCGAGAUGAAGGGCGGGCGGCCUGUCCCCAUGUCCUUGUGUCCCCACACCCCCUUACCUGUUGUGACGCCCCAUCUCCUGGCUGGCACGCUGGGGUUGUGGGGUGCCAGCCGCCCCGUGCCUCAGUUUCCCUCCACCACCGGCCAUUUCACGGCCCAGGAAGCCACGGCACACCCAGGCAGGCUCCAGAGUGCCGGGGAAGGCGAUGUCCCCGCGGGGUGGCCAUCAGCCAGGCGUGCCACGAGAAACACCUCUUGUAUUGACGGCGGUGCCGCGAUACAGCGUGGAGAGGCCCUUCCCGGGGGGUCCCGUCCCAGCGCCGCCCCCCCCUCCUGUCCCACAGGGCGGGACCCCCCCGACCCCCCGACACGGACUCUAUACG